AUGAACGGAGGGUUAACGUGUUGCGACCAGGAUGUUGAGGUCCCCGGCGGUCAGCAAAUCUACGUGGAUCCCUCGGGAGCUCUGAGCUUCACCCAGGCCCACUCCGCUUAUAUCCCUGCGGGUUCCGCCGUCGGUGGUUUCCAGUAUGAGGCUGGCAACCCUUGGUCCCACUACACCUUCAACGGCUGGGGCGCCAGUGGCUUCAUGGCAUGCCCCACUGAUGACAACCGCUGGCAGGUGUACGCUGCCAUGCAGAACGCGACUGUCCCCUCCGGCAAUGUGGACGACUGCCUCGGGUUCUCUGCCAUGGCGCUGACCUACAAGGGUUCCGUCCCGGCCUGGCAAUACAUCUAG